AUUAUAGUUUUCCUUGUAAAAGGGCCUUUCAUUCACAGUUUGGUGUGUAUUCUUUAAUAAUUAUAUUAAUGGUAUAUUUACUUAUUUAGAAUGAGGAAAGAAGUUAAAGAUGGGGAAAUCAUAAAUGGGAAGGGAAGGAAUUGUAUGGAAUCAAUCAACUACUCACCCUAAUUGAUCUAAAUUUAAAUUGAUCUAAUUUCUGAGUUUUUCGAUAUUAAAUUACAAAUGUGGAACUUACAUAUAUGAAGCAAGAAGUUUGUAGCUUAGAUCAUUUACUUUGCACCCGAAGUCCUUGUUUUGAUUCCAUCAUCUCUAAUAUCCGCUUGUAUAAAUAAAAGGAAAAAAAAAAUAUAUAUAUAUAUAUAUAUAUAUAUUGAUUUAUCAUGUUCAAACUGCGUGCCCACCAUAUGGAGAGUUGAGGCUUUGGGGUAUUUGGUAAGACCAGAGAACAGAGAUAUAGAGACGACACGCAGAAAGGGGGAUUUGAAAAGAUGGCAACACCAGCAGCUUCGUCCGCGGCAGAAGCUCCAAAGAUUGUGUGGAACGAAGCCAAGCGAAGGUUCGAAUCGGAGGACCAGAAGGCGUACAUAGAGUAUGUGCUCAGGGAAAAUGGAAAAGUGAUGGACUUGGUGCACACCUUCGUCCCAUCUUCCAAGAGAGGCUUGGGCUUGGCUUCCCAUCUCUGCGUCGCGGCCUUCAACCACGCCAAGUCCAAUUCCAUCUCUGUCAUCCCCACCUGCUCUUACGUCUCUGACACUUUUCUCCCGCGGAACCCUUCCUGGAAUUCUGUUUUGUACUCAGGACCAGGAGAGAUGAAGUCUAGUAUAUGAUUUACUGCAGUUAUAGUUUAAUGGGAUUUAGUAAAAUGCUUGUAAGCCUGUAGCUGGGUGUUCUAUUUCAACUGGAAAAAAGUUUAUUUGCUUUACUAAUACGAUAUCAUUUACAAAUAAAUAUGCACCGUUGAUGUUAUGGUUAA